AUGUCGCUUCGACCACUCAACACCCAGUCGCUCCAUGGCGAUCGCGAGGGUGCGGCCCACCUCCUAUCGCCGGUGGGCUACGACGACGACGCCGCAUCCCUCCACAGCCCGAGCGACCAAGACUCCGACAGCGACGACGACCAGCUCCAGCUCCGCGCCCGGAACAGCCGUGAACUUCGCGCUGCUGACAGGAUAGUGUUCAUGGAGGAGGACGAGGUAGACCGUCUGGUGACCGAUUCGAGACGACAACGGCAAGAAUCCCAGCGGCGAGGCUCCGGCCUCGCCCUUCCGAAUCCUCUGCGCCUGCUGCGACGGGCAAGCGACUCGAAUUUGUCCGUCAAUGACGAGUCGGCCGACGACUACACGAACGAGAAGCGCCAUCAACGCAAAACGAGAAGGAGGCAGAAGAAGGAAAAAUUGAUGGAGAUGGCGUCUCAUGGCGAGGAUGGCGGCUUGAUGUACGAGAUGGAGGAGGGCGGCAUGAAAGAGGGAAGCAGCACCGGCGACAGCAGCGAUAGGGAAGACAGCAACGAGCUCGACCGGCGGAGACUGGGCAUGGUCGCGAGCGCAAAGUCGGACCGGAGGCGCAGCUGGCGCAGAUGGCUCCUCAUGCACACCUUGAUCGCUGUCGGCUUCACCAUCCUUCUCCUCCUCGCCUGGAAGCUCUCGCUCGGCAAGAACUCCGCCAGGACCAGGCCGCAGCUGGUGAGCAACGGCACUGCCCUGUUCGCGCCGACAACGAUCAUCAUCAGCCUGGACGGCUUUCGCGCCGAUUUCCUGCAGAGAGGUAUCACCCCACGGCUCAACGCUUUCGUUGCCGAAGGCGUUUCGCCCAAGUACAUGAUGCCGUCCUUUCCAUCGGUCACGUUUCCGAACCACUAUACCUUGGCCACCGGCUUGUACCCGGAGAGCCACGGCAUCGUGGGCAACACAUUCUGGGACCCCGAGCUUCAGGCAGAGUUCUAUUACACGGACCCCGCUCGGAGUCUCGAUCCCAAGUGGUGGAGCGGCGAACCUUUCUGGGUGACCGCUGAGAGGCAGGGCAUCCGGACGGCAGUCCACAUGUGGCCCGGCAGCGAGGCGCACAUUGACGGUGUCGAGCCUAGCUUCCUCGACAAGUACAACGGCAAGGAGCUGCUGGCCAACAAAGUCAGUCGCAUCCUCGAGUUCCUAGACAUGCCCGGCAAAGAAGACCAUGCCGUUGCCGUGGCAGAGAUGCGCCCGCAGCUCAUUGCUGCCUAUGUGCCCAAUGUCGAUGGCGAUGGCCACAGAUAUGGACCCAACAGCACGGAGAUCCGUGCUACCAUUGAGUCCGCCGACGGCAUGAUGGAGGAGCUGUUCGCUGGGCUCGAGGCCCGCAACCUGACACACAUCGUCAACGUCAUCGUCGUUUCGGAUCACGGCAUGGCGUCGACGGAUACCGCGCGGGUCAUGCAGCUCGAGGACCUUGUCGACGUCGACAAGAUCGAGCACACAGAUGGCUGGCCGCUCUAUGGUCUGCGUCCCAAGGACCCUGCUGAUCUCCAACGGCUGUAUGACGGCUUGGAGGAAAAGACCAAGACGAACCCCAACUUUGAGGUCUACCUUCGAGACGUGAAUAUGCCCGAGCGUUAUCAUUUUUCCAAAAACCAACGAAUCGCGCCGUUGUGGAUCGUGCCCAAGACGGGCUGGGCCAUCGCUGCCAAGAAUGAGUUUGAUGUCGCAGCAGCCGUCGAGAAGGGCGAGAUCUAUCACCCUCGGGGCCUCCAUGGCUAUGACCACGAGCAUCCUCUCAUGCGAGCCAUUUUCAUCGCUCGCGGGCCAGCGUUCCAUCACCCGCCCAACAGCGAGAUUGCGCCCUUCCAAAACACUGAGGUCUACAAUAUACUCUGUGACUCAGUCGGACUCGUGCCGAAGCCGAACAACGGCACACUUCGCCUUCCCCUCAAACUUUCCGGCCUCCACAAGCCGGAGGACGCACCAACCGAACUGGCAGAUCCUGAGCCGACCACUUCUUCGACUACCGCGGCCGUCGAUUCUACCACAAAAGAAACGAUAACCCCUGCAGUCGCUGUAAGCACGGAGGAGGUGGCGAGCGUGUCGACGAAGGAGCCCACAUCUACGGCGCCAAGCCCCAGCGCUACGCCAACAGGGGGCGACGAUCCUGACAAGGACCUUGCAACGAGCAUUGGAGAUGGCAUCAAGCAUGCCUGGGAUUGGGUGACAGGCAAGAUUGGAGAUGCUUGGGAUAAGAUCAACGGGUCAGGGUCGGAUUGA